AUGUGGUUGUUGAAAUGUGUGAAGCCCCUGCAGCGUGCGAGGAGUCGAAUAUACGGAACCAUGCACGAGCCCCUUGACCAUGUGACUGGCAUUCAGAAACGCGAGCUAUUGGCGCACCUCGCCGGAGAGUGUGACCCCUUCCGUAUAAUGCCCAUUAAGAAAGGUCCCGGGACUUACGAAUGCCCAAACCUAAUCCCUAGCGCGUUCGCCAGUCGUCUCGUCGGCUGCGUGUGCAAGCCCCACGCCAUGCACAUAGAGUGGAUGUGGGUGCACAUGGGCUGGCCGCGGCGCUGCGGCUGUGGCUACUGGUUCGAACUGUGCCCCAUUGUGCCGCUGUGAUGCUGUGAUAUCGCCGUGAUAAUUUGUUUAAUUAUUAAAUAAUGUAUGGUAGCUUUAAA